AUGUCUCCAGAUUGCCACAUUCCUCAGCUUCUGACAACUCAUUGUAUUGUUCGACUUGAGAUUGGCGGCGAUGCAGCAGUUUUGAGGUGCGAAGGCGUGGCAAGAAAUUGUUCAGUCCCUGGAAUUGGGUGUUUCGAAGAUAAGCUCAGAGCUGUGCCUUUGCGUCCACGGCCGCUUCAUGUAUUGCGAGUUUUAGUUGUGAGAUCAGAUGUGUUCGUCUUGCAAGGUCUCCGCGACGUGAUGGAGCGAUUAUUCACCUCUAAGUUGAGGUCCAAGGAUCUGUCGGGAACACUUCAUCAUCCGUGCUAUCCGAUUCUCAAUGCAGCCGACGCCGAAUGUCAGUUGAUAGAUGGAUCGCUCGAUUGA